AUGCUCACAGCCUUGCCAGUGAAGGUCAUCUUCACCACCGACGAACCGGACCUCGCGCUUCCCGAAACCAAGCAGCAGUUGCUCGUGCCUGCCGACAUCAAACGCUAUGGCCUGUCUCGAAUCCUGAACUCGUCGUCCAUGCUGGACACGUCCUCCCCCGUACCCCUGGAUUUCCUUGCCAAUGGCACAUUUCUCCGCACGACAAUCGAGGAACACCUGGCCAGCGAAGGACUCUCUGCCGAAACGACCCUCACACUCAAGUACGUGCGCAGCUUGAUCCCCCCCGUCUACGAGGCGAGCUUCGAACAUGACGACUGGGUUGGCGAUGUGGACGUGUUCGGCAACCGCGCAGCGAGCGCGUCCUAUGACGGCCUCGUGAGGGUGUGGAACCCCUCUGGGACUGCGAUCGCAGUAUCCUCAUCUGGACGAAACGGCGGUCACAGCGCACGACUGGAUGCUGUCAAAUGGCUUUCAGGAAAGCAGCUUGUCUCUGGAGGUCUGGAUCGGAAACUGGUCGUCUGGGACUACAGCGAGGCCGACGAUGGGUUCUCCGGAUCUCUGAAGCCGAGCAUGGAGCUCUGGGGCCACGAGAAGGCGAUUAACAACAUUGCAGUCAACGGCGCGACGGGGCGCAUUCUCUCAGCUUCUUCUGACGGCCGGGUCGGGCUGUGGACUUCAUCGAAAAGGACGGCGCCUCAGGCGGACCCGGAGAGUCUGCCGGCGGCGCACAGCAACAAGAAGGCGAAGCUGGCUGCUUCUGCCACGACCGCCCAGCGUGGACCGCUGGCCAUGAUCUCUGCUCACGACGAGCCCGUCACGGCUGCCGUAUUCCACCCCCACGACUCGACCGUCGCGUACACCGCCUCCAAGGACCACACUGUCAAGACGAUCGACUUGACAACCCAGCGGGAAGUGUCCAGGCUCACGACCAUGCACCCCAUCAUGUCAGCGGCGGCGCUGCCCAACUCACUGGUGGCAGCUGGAUCGUCGGCUCGCCACAUCACCUUGCUCGACCCCCGAGAGUCCGCCACAACAACCUCCGCCAUGACUUUGCGGGGACACGUCAACAUGGUCACCUCGAUAGCCGCGUCGCCCGACAACGAGUACUCCCUUGUCUCGGGGUCGCAUGAUAGCACGUGUCGGGUAUGGGACCUGCGCAGCGCCCGCACAGGCUCGGCCGACGAGGGCGGCGGUCGGGUCAGCGAGCCGGUGUACACCAUCGGUAGGGAAUGGCUCAAGAACAAGAAACUGCCCACGGCUGGCGAAGGCGCCAAGGUGCUGAGCGUGGCAUGGGACAGCACCUGGGGCAUUGUCAGUGGUGGUGAAGAUAAGCGCGUGCAGGUGAAUCGCGGCAGGGAUAUCCUUAAUUCAUGA